CCCAUGAAGUUUGCGGGAUAUACAGCAAGUGCCAUCUAUUGCACAUUUGCUUCUGAGGUGUUUAGAGAGCGAUUGAUGCCCGAUGACGUAGCUGAAACACCACAGUUUCUCUUUGGCCUUUGGGCCGACCUCGAUGGACACCAAAGUCCGAAUGAAAACACAAAGCAUCCUCCGUGGACCACUUAGAAGGCAGUAUGAUGAUGACGAGCCAGUCUCUCCGAUGAUCUGUCUUCUCUGUUGCCUGCGUGCAACGAAAGGAGAUCCUUACAGCCCAUAGACCCAGUUUUUAAAGACUCUGCUAAGCCACCAGGAAGGACCCCUUAGGUUGAGACAAACGAGGUCACCAAACAUGCCUAUCAAGACACCCUGUGAUAAGGAAGAGUCGACCUCGAGGUAAGGAAGUAACGGUGACUGAACCCCCGAGGAGUACUGAAGGAUGGCAACCUGAGAACUAGAAUGGUGAGAAGCAACGGUGAUCAGCAGCUGACAUGGGAACGACGACGGUCACCCGUCUGUCAUCCACAUUUGGGGGGAAAGGAAGGCAAAAGCAUGUUGCCCGCAUGCAUGCAAGACAUCGUGAUUUGGGCGUCCUGA